AUGCUCUUCCAAGAAACUCUCAUGCUCCUGGCGGCCUCAAUGGCAGUAGACGCCUCUCAAGCUCUCAUGCCAACACCACCGAUGGGUUUCAAUAACUGGGCACGUUUCGAGUGUGCACUUAACCAGACCAUCUUUACUGAAACUGCAGAUGCAAUGGUUUCCAAGGGUCUUGUGAAGGCUGGGUAUGACCGAGUCAACAUCGACGACUGCUGGCCUCUUCAUGAAAGAGCUGCAAAUGGCUCCCUCCAGUGGGACCCGGAGAAGUUUCCAAACGGUCUUAUAUGGUUAGGACAGUAUCUCAAAAACCGCAACCUGAAGUUUGGCAUUUAUUCGGAUGCUGGCAACCUGACUUGUGGUGGAUACCCUGGUUCUUUGAACUACGAGGAAAUCGACGCUGAAACCUUUUCAUCUUGGGGAAUUGAUUACCUUAAGUUAGAUGGUUGCAAUGUGUACAACCAGGGUUCUUUGGAUUCCGAACAGACAUACAAGAAUAUUUACGGUCACUGGCAUCAAGUUAUCCUCAACAUGUCCCGACCACUUAUUUUCAGCGAGUCCGCACCAGCUUAUUUUUCUGGGGAGGCCAAUCUCACAGAUUGGUAUCUUGUGAUGGACUGGGUUCCAGGCUAUGGAGAGCUUGCCUGCCAUUCAAAUGAUAUCGCAACAUUCGACACCCCAAACCCAUGGGAAAGCAUCCUCACUAACUAUGGCUUCGAGAUACUACUGGCACGCUACCAGUCCCCCGGAUAUUUCAAUGAUCCGGAUUUUCUGAUCGUCGACCAUGCCAACUUGACCCUUGAUGAAAAGAAGUCCCACUUUGCACUUUGGGCCUCCUUUUCAGCACCUUUGAUUAUUAGCGCUUAUAUCCCGGAUCUGACUGAUGAUGAGAUUGCAUACCUCACCAAUGAAGACUUGAUUGCCAUUGAUCAAGAUGCGCUUGGCCUGCAAGCCACUCUGGUCAGCCAGGAUGGGACCUGGGACGUACUGUCCAAAAGUCUGUCAAAUGGGGACCGGUUGUUGACGAUUCUGAAUCGUGGAGACGAAGCGGGCAGUCUCAGCGUCCCAUUUGAACGACUCGGUUAUCCUUCUCAAUAUUCUGGGAUAUUCGUCGUAAAGGAUCUCUGGACAGGUGCAACCAGCGAGGUUUCCAAUCAGAUCACUGCCAACGUUCCCUCACAUGGCACUGCGGUGUUCAGAGUCUCCAGUCGCCUGGCCGCCAUACCUACGGGCAUGAUUUUCAAUACUGCAUCUCUUAACUGUCUCACUGCCAAUGGAAGUUCAGUAAGGUGGACGAAGUGCACUGGAUCUGAUACACAAAUCUGGCAAAUCACAAGUGGUCGUAGUAUCAGCAGCCUUUCGGAUUUGUCCAAGUGCCUCUCGAGAGAUGCGAAAAGCGGUACGGUUGCUCUUGAAGUUUGCCAAGGGUGGCAUAAGUCUCAGAAGUGGGAUUAUGCUAUAACUGGCAAUGUUCAGAACCAGGCUUCAAGUGAUUGUCUGACAGAGGGGCAGGAUGGUGUAGUUACUUUGGUAGAGUGUUUGGUGGAGAACAAUUCACAGGUUUUUGAACUGCCGAGUGGAAGUCUGCAGCGGUAA